AUGAAGACAACUACCACCACCGAAUCCUCUCUCUAUUAUUUCCAAUCGGCACUCUACGACUACUACAGCGAUCAUGUCGAGGAACCGGAAGAGUACGAAGCUCCGAUUGAGGUGAACUCUGAGAAAGUGUGGCCGUUUGUCGAAGUGUUCACUGCCAUUGAUAACGGAGCUUCGUUCGCCGGCUUCUUCAUCAACUUCUUCCAUCUUUUCAUUCUGACUCGCAAGGAACUGAGGUGCAAUGUCAUUUACAUUCUCAUGAUCGGAAUGUGCAUUUGUGACAUUCUCUUUUUCUGGGGCACCAUGUCCGAAUACCUGUUGGAGUUGGGCGUUAUUUACAAAUUGGACGGAGGCUGCGGAAGACGCUACUCGCACAUUUUGGCCAAUCUGAUCGGCGCUAUUGGAAGAUCAACCGGCAGACAGUGUUCCUCAAUGUUAGCUUUGUUUAUGGCGGCUUUCCGAGCGUUUUCUGUAAAGUUCCCGAUGAGCUCAUGGAUACAGAAACUAAUGGAUCCGAUUGUUGGACUUCUAGCAGUGCUGGCGCUCUCUGCUGCUUGUGCUUCCUGGUAUUCGAUCAUUUUCACAAAGACGUUUACUAUCGAAAAAGGAGAAAAGUGAGAAAAUAGUCUAACCUCUUCUACUUUAACUUUUACAGAUGCGCAAUGAGCAACAAGCCCAAGUAUGCUCACUACAGUAUGUCAGUUGAUGAUAACUUGCAAAGACUCUACUACUUGGUUGACGGGUACACCGCCGUCGUUUUGAGUGUAUCUUACGCGUUUGUGACCAUACUUCUUGUCAUCGAACUUGGACGGGCCAGUAGGAGACGGAGGAAUCUGAAGGCUGAGAAGUACGUGACGAUUGUCAUCCAUUGA